AUGUUCAACAAAGUUGUAAGUUCAUGCCUGUUGGUAGCGGUACCCGUGCUGUGCGCGGUUGGGUAUUGUAUAUACUUCGACCAUACUAGAAGAAAUCACCCAGAUUUCAAGAAAAACCUAAGAGAAAAACGUCAAAAGGCGAAAAAUCAAUCGAUCCGGACGAGCUUUUUAGCUGAGCAAAGACAAUUGUUGGAUACGGCUAAGUUACUAGCCCAACAACUUCAUAAAAAAGACAUGGCGGUAAAUAUAAAAUUUGCGGACGCUCUGUCCACAAUAUUUGCUUACCCUAGUAAUGAGAUACAAGAUGAGGCCAUACAAAUAUUUGGGCCUAUUCUGGAGAAGCACGCAGACGCCAUGGAAGUCUUAGAAGGUAUAGUGAAUAACAAAAGAAUAAAGCUUAUGAAGGAUCAUAAAGACCUUUACGCUUUACUCGAAGCUCAGGUAGUAACGAACUAA